AGGGAAAGCAUGGACACUAUUCUGGACAGUUUUUCAGAUACUGAGUUCAUUAGAGUUUGCGUUCGGGAUCCAAGGCUCCAUAAAGAUGACCUCUGGCACACACACGUCGACUAUGAGAUCAGUUUACAUACCAAUUGCAUGUGUUUUAGAAAAAAGACGUCUUCUGUGAGGCGGCGCUACAGUGAGUUUGUUUGGUUGCGUCACUGUCUGGAGCAGAAUGCUUUCAUAAUAGAACUGCCUAAAUUGCCACCCUGGAACCCUUUCUUCAGUCUAAAGAACACAGAGCAAGUCAUCCAGAGGAUGAAGGGCUUGCAGAAGUUUUUAGAAAUUGUUCUUCACACACCCUUGUUGUUAUCUGAUAGUCGGCUCCAUCUGUUCCUCCAGUCAGACCUUACCAUCACAAAGAUUGAGAAGUGUGCUCUUGGUAAGACCAGGUACACAGUAGCUGAAGCCAUACAGCAUUCAAGAGGUUCUAACAUCAGUAGAUCAGAAGAGAAGAUUUCAUCUGACUCUGACUGUGAAAGCACUUCAUCAUCAGGCUUGGGAGUGAGUCUUGACACUCCUGGGAAAGGAAGCCCCCUCUUCUUCCAGUCCCCUGAUGGCGAUCCUGAAUCGUUUGGUUGUUCAGAGAACACAAGCCCACUCAUGGAGUAUUAAUGGAAAUAAGUGGCACUGCACCUUUUCUCCUCUUCCUUUUUUGUGGAUGUAUAGGUCAUCUGUGCAUUGUUUGAUACUUCAGAGCUCCUGCUAUUCUUU